AUUUAUUUAAUGUUUGGACAUGCUUUACAAAAGUUAAGUAAUCUUAGAUUCAGCUUCUGUAAUAUGAAUAAGCAAAGUUAAGGGAAGCCAGGAAUGAAAGCAGCAUCUACUAAUUAUUCCUACACUUUCGAUGUGAUAAAUCACUAUGAUCAAAUCAGUAAAAUCAAAGGAAAAGGAGCCAUAGUUUCACUUAUGCCUUGUUAUGUAACAUAAAAUAUGAUGUAGCCUCAAUAUCAAGUGACUAAAUAAGGUUCUGUUGUUGCAAAGAUGAAAUACACAAGAAAUUAUAUUUAUUUAUGGAGAUUUUAACCUAUUGCAGAAAUUGGAAAAGAAGUAUAAAGAGGUUAUUCAAUUCUAGGUUAAUAAUAAAGAAUCUUUAAAUUUUCCAAUUAGCUACGAGAACUGUGGUUAUAUUAUAGAUUUAUGCGAUUAAAUGUCAACUAGCCCUGAAAUCAAACUUGAAGAGUAGACUAUCAAAGGCAAUUUAACCUUCACAGUUUAAGUUGACUAUGCCAAUAAAGCAACUCGUAUUUCAUUAUAAGCAAUUGCUUAGUAGUAGUAAUAAUAGUAAUCUUAGUAAUAACAAUAAGAUUAGAAAUAUGAGGUUCAAAUUGCUUUGGCACAAUUUAAAUUGAUGUGCGAAUAAAUGAAAGUAAGGCGUCUUAAUUUAUUGAUAGUAAGGUUUACCAUUAGUAACUGGAUGGAUAAUUCCUGAGAAAUUUCUAUUUUAAACAAAUAAGGAACACACAGAAUGAUUCAAAUCAAUAUUCACACCUCC